AUGCCGAUUCCUUCCCCGACCGGCGACUUUCAAUCAGACUCCAACCACCAACAUCAGGAUUUGAUUGAUAAGAGAUCCCCGUCGCCCAUACGCAUUCAAGAAAGCCCUCUAAGAUCCUCCAUCGAACCCCAAGAUAAUCAUGGCAACAACGAUGGCCCACCCGCGAAGAGGCGGAAAGUCGCAGGCGCUGACCACAAACCGUCUCCUCGACUCAUCUCUCCUCCGUGGAAACGAGUCGUUGCAGAAGGCCCGACAUCCUUCAUCCAAGAUGGCCGCCGCAAGUCCGGGAGAACAAACGUAGUGCCCCUCGACCUGCAGCCGCAGUCAAACAAGAGGCAGACACGCGCUGCCUUUGAUAAGGUGAAGGAAGAGCGUCAAAAACACACGAAACCUAUUUAUAAUGUGUCCACUCGCAAGUCGAAAGUCGAAUCGCAGGUUUCGCCGCCGACGACCGUUAAGCGUGGUUCCCUCCCUUCUUCCAAGGGUCGCGAUGUCUCCCAGGCACGAACCCCCGCCAAGGCUGAACCCUCGCAGAGGUAUCGCAGAGACUCAAACAUCAGCUCGAAUCAUCAGGCUAAAUCCCGUCGUCGCCCUUCUAGUGCGAACCGUCGCUCACGGAUCAUCUCGCCACAGGUCAACGGAAUACAUGACCAAAAACCGCAGACAAAUGGGAUAGUGAAGAUCGAGCCAGAGAGUGACAACGACAAUUGCGACAGCCCUACCCCAGUAUCUUCCAGAGGUUCGACUCCUCCGUUGACUCUGCGCAGAGUUACCUUCCGAGUUCGAUUGCUCCCGCCCUCCGUUGCUAGCCCCGCCAAUGUGCCUUUACCAAAGAAGUACGCAUCCUUCAGCGAAUUCCUUGAAAAGGAUGAGACGGAGCCCAGAACAGGGGAGGAAACAUUAACACCAGAUCAAAUUAUGAAGGAGGCUUCGGCUCGACGAAGAGUGAGGGAUGCCCAAAGGCGAGGUGGGUCGCUUGACAAGAAGCUGGUCGAUGCGGUACCUGAGAAGCAAGACGAACCAAGAAAACAAUACGCGCAUCGUGACCAUCUCCUGGCUCAUGUAUGCCACUUCAGAACGCUUCUCAGAGCGGAGCAUAGAGACCACAAGAAAAAGGCAGAGAUAUUGGCACACGAGGCAAAACGAUACGUUGAAGAGAAGCAGAAGCGCAAUAAGGUGAAGACUGCUGAAGAAAUCGAGCAAGAGAAACGAGAGGCUACUUUCGCAAUAUAUCGGACUGUGGUCAAAGACAUCGAUAAACUAUGGGCCGCAGUCAGACUAGAAGUCAAUGCCAUCCGGCAGAAGGAAUACGAGGAACAGCAACAGGCGAAGAUGAAGGGACACCUUGCGCGCGUCCUGGAUCGAACGGACCAAAUGCUAAGCCGGCUUAAUGAACAAGACGACUCGGUGAUGGACAGCGGAACCGAGGUUUCGUCCAACGAGACCACCGAAUCCGAGUCGGAGGACAGCGAGCAGAUGUCAGAGAGCGAGACUGAAUCGGAGUCGGAACCUGCGGACAAGGACCUCGACGCCGAAAUGUCCGUCGAAGAAUUGAAAAGGAAGUAUGGUAACCUACCAGAGCUACCGGUCGAUGAUGAAGGAGACGGGGGUCAAGAUGAAGCAGGUCCAGAUCAGCCCGAUGAAGAUUCAGAUACCGAUACGGAAAUGGACUCUGAGUUUGAUACAGAGGGAACCAGCGAGGAGGAUGAGAACGAGGAUGAGGAAAGCGACAAUGAUUCCUCUGGUGGCGGACUCCUUUCGCUACUGUUCUCUAAGAAGCAGAUUGCGGAUAUGACGCUUGAAGCCGAUGGAACGAGUGCAUACAAAGAAGAUGAGGCCGAGAGCCACGACACCCCCCUCGUGGAAGUCUUAGAAGAAACGCCGAUGCCAGACACAGAACCGAAUGGAGAGCCUUGCACUCCCAUGCAAAACGUUGCUGAGGAGCCGAAAGCCGAACCCGCUGAUGAAACAACCAUACGGACGGAAACACCAACAGCUACCGAGUUUGACGACGUCAAAAUGCGAGACGCGACGCCCCCCCUCCAUCCUCAACUUGCCCGACUCGCUUCUGAAGACCCCGUAAGUCGAGAGCCUAGCACCCAAACGUCUCCUCAUACGACUGCAACAAAAGUGUCGGAACCCGAAUCGGUCUCUUCUAUCGAUGCCACUGUGGACUCUGCGCAGCCUGUUACACCCUCGGAGACAAAGCCGGUCAUUAAGACGCCCGUCCCGUCCUUGUUGCGAGGUACUCUCCGUGAGUACCAGCACGAAGGUCUUGACUGGCUUGCAGAUCUGUACGCUCAUGGGAGAAGUGGAAUCCUAGCCGACGAGAUGGGUCUUGGCAAGACUAUUCAAAGCAUUGCACUCUUAGCUCACCUGGCUGAAGUCUACGAAGUUUGGGGCCCCCAUCUUAUCGUUGUACCCACGAGUGUCAUGCUAAAUUGGGAAAUGGAGUUCAAGAAGUUCUUGCCUGGAUUCAAGGUUUUGACUUACUACGGCAACCUUGAAGAACGGAAGCAAAAGAGGAGAGGUUGGAUGGCAGACGACAGCUUCAACGUGUGCAUCACCUCAUACCAAUUGGUCUUGCAAGACGCCAACUCCUUCAAGAGACGCCGGUGGCAUUACAUGAUUCUCGAUGAAGCCCACAAUAUCAAAAAUUUCCGUUCAGAACGAUGGCAGACCAUGAUGACCUUCAACACUAGAGCCCGACUCCUUUUGACUGGAACACCUCUUCAGAACAAUUUAACAGAACUUUGGUCCCUUCUCUUCUUCCUCCACUAUGGUCAAGAAAAUGAAGGUGAGGACGACGCGUUCGCUGGUCUGAAAGAGUGGUCGGAAUGGUUCAAAAGGCCCGUGGAGUCGAUUCUAGAGCAUGGUCGGCAGGUCCUGGAUGAAGAGGAUCGAGAACAGGUUGCGAAACUCCACAAAGUGAUCCGACCCUUCCUCCUGCGCCGACUAAAAGCCGACGUCGAGAAACAGAUGCCAGCUAAAUAUGAACACGUUGAGAUGUGUCGUUUAUCCAAGCGUCAGCGACAAUUGUACGAUGGCUUCAUGGCCAGAGCGCAGACUAAGGAAACAUUGGCCUCGGGCAACUAUUUGUCAAUCAUCAAUGCCCUGAUGCAGUUGCGCAAAGUCUGCAAUCACCCUGACCUAUUUGAGACUCGACCGAUCAAUACAUCGUUUGCAAUGCACAAAUCUGCUGCAGCUGACUUUGAGAUUAAAAAUCUUUUGGUUCGUCGGAAACUAAUGUUGGACGCCUCGAACGAUCUAGACCUCGACUUCUUGCGGUUGGCGCCCAUUUCGGAAGAGCGGCUGUCUGUGAUUGAGGUAAUCGAAACUACUAAACGACAUGCCUUCAAUAAAUUCAAGACCUUGAGGGAGGCUCAGUCCAGAAGGGUCUUAUCGUCCUCCCACAAUAGUGUCUGUAACGAUAAUGCCAUCUUGUGGCGUGGCGAGACUCGGCUCGGUGUGCUCGGAUCCCUGGAGAACGUUGGUCGGAGGGCCCGGCUUCAGGAGUUGGACCGUACAAUGUAUUAUGAAGCAUACAAGCACCAUCAGCACCCGGUUUACGGACGUGGACUGAUUGAACAGUUGACGAUAAAUACGACUUAUGAGAGGCUCUCCAGACUGUCGCCGCGCCGGAGUUUGAGCCGAUUCUGGGACAAAGGGCAGCCCAUGGAGUCCUUUGAUCUUAUUCAUUCUGUGCAGUCGAGGUCGGAACAGAUGCAAUCGUUUGUUGAUAAGUAUGCGUGUGUCACUCCCGCCGUGGUGGCCACCGACCUCUAUGCCAGGACUGUAACGGAUGCCGGCGUCCAAGCGAUCCGAGAAGCAGAAGAAUCAACCUUGAAGGGUGACAAGGAGGACCCAUUCCACCUCGCCCGCAUGAAACUGUCCAUCGCUUUCCCCGACAAACGCCUCCUUCAAUACGACUGUGGCAAGUUGCAGAGACUGGACAAGUUGCUUCGCCAACUCCAAGCCGGUGGCCACCGCGCGUUGAUCUUUACACAGAUGACCAAAGUUCUCGAUAUCCUCGAACAAUUCCUCAAUAUUCACGGCCAUCGAUACUUGCGACUGGACGGCGCCACAAAAAUUGAGCAGCGACAGAUUCUCACCGAGAGAUUCAACAACGACACCCGAAUCCUAUGUUUUAUCCUUUCUUCCCGUUCCGGUGGACUCGGCAUCAACUUGACCGGAGCAGACACCGUCAUCUUCUACGACCUCGAUUGGAAUCCCGCCAUGGACAAGCAGUGUACUGACCGGGCGCACCGUAUUGGCCAAACGCGAGACGUCCACAUCUAUCGCUUCGUCUCCGAACAUACCAUUGAGUCGAACAUUCUCAGAAAAGCCAACCAAAAGCAAAUGCUUGAUGAUGUGGUCAUCCAGGAGGGUGAUUUCACCACGGACUACAUGAACCGGAUGACUUAUCGGGAUAUGCUUGAUGAGAAUGCCGAUGAGGAUGAGGCCGGGAAGGCCAUGGAUCGCGUCUUGGGCAACGAGAAAACCAGUAUUGGGGUUCUGGAGCAAGCCGAAGACCAAGAGGAUCGUACGGCGGCUAAAGUCGCGGCGAGAGAAUUGCAGCAUGCGGACGAGGGUGAUUUUGAGGACGGAAGAGCCAGUGCCACACCGAGAACCCAGACAGGCGAUGCCAGAAGCACACCUGCACUUGGCGGCGUAUCAACUGGACCUUUCGGAGCCACCGACACGGCCAUCAUCGAGUCGCGAGAAGAUGAGGAAAGGAUCCAUCACAUCGAUGAGUAUUUCAUUCAAUUGCAAAAGUACCUGAUGAAAGACAUUCCGCUUGGGCCAGGGAAAGACUCCAAGAAAGGGAAGAAGGGUAGGAGAGGACGCGACGAACACCGCAUCCGGAGAGUGAGAUGA